AUGGAUGACCAAGCUUGGAGAGGCAAGCUGCGAGAUAGUGAGCUUUACAACUCUUGUCUUAGCCUCCGCUGGGUAUUGGUCUCCAGGUAUCAAGCAGGAAGAUGUGAGGAUCGGAUUUCUCGGCUGCGGUGGAUAGUAUUAUUCGUGAAGGUUGAAUAUGUAAUGAUCGUAACAGAACUGGAACUACCACCAGAGUCCGAGUCUUCGCUGUCAGUAUACGGCGGCAGAUCAGUAGGACCUAGCCCAGGGUCUGAGUACCUCCUGUGCUCGGAAUUCAAGUCAUCACUCUCAGCAACAAUGUGAUUGUUCGCAGACGGAGGCAGUGAAGUGUAGUCUCCAUUCUGAUAUAAAGUCGAGUAGCCGGUCCUGUUUUCCUGGAGACUCGAGUACCCAUUGGCGACGUUAUUCACGCUACUGAUGUUACUGAUACCCUGGUGAGACUGUGAAUGACCUUGAUGCUGGGGAAUGUUUCUCCUGGGCCUUCCUCUGGGUGGUCGGUAGUUGGUCUGCGGAACUGGCCUGUACAGCGGGUAGAUUGGCGGCAUCGAGACCGGCUCCAUCGCGUAAGCGACGGGCAGCGUCGAGUAGCCACAAACACUGGGGUCAGACAUCGUCGUAAAGAGUCUCUGGCCGUUGCGCAUUGGUGCGACAUGCGGAGCAACCGUUGCUGCUGGUUGCUGCCAAAACAUCGUCGCGUAAUCAACUCCCGGAUUGAUCAUAGGCUCGCUGAUCUCCGUUGGGGUCUCGCUGCACCAAUUGUCGACCUUUGUGACAUGGCUUUUCUUGUUCGCUCGCUUACGGUGUCUUCUAGCCGAGCUUGAUGAUUUGUCUGGUCGUCCAGAUGACAUGCUUUCCAU